UGUACGUUGCGUAACAACUCCUCCCCUUUCUCCCAAACGAAACGAAGGAAUCGAGGAGAGAGAAGCGCCGCGAGAUUCUUCUUCCCUUCGUCUCUCUCUCUCUCUCUCCGCAGAAUCUUUGAGAAAAGAGAGGGCACGAGCAUUGCCGGUGGCUUUCGCAGUAAAGCCCUCCGAAGUUUCCUCCGUCCUCCUUUAAACCCUCAUCUCUCUCUCUCUCUUCGCCGUUCCUCACCUCGCGUCGCCCGGUGCAACCUAGGCGUCCCCGAUCAUGUCGCAGGCAUCUCUUCCCUCCCCUUUCUCUGCCGACGCGGCGUGGAACCCUGCUCCGGAACCCCCCGAGCGGUCCUCGCCGCCCGGGGAGACCUGCGAUGCCGCCGUCGGCUGGCGGACGGCGGAGAGCGAGGAGCACAGGAACGGCGGCAAUGCGGCCGGAGAUCGCGGGUGGACGCCGGCUUGGAGCGUGCCGGCCAAUGGAGCUAGCGAGGCGGGUCCGGUGAUGGGAGCGGACUGUUGGCCCUCGCUCCCAGAGUCCGCGUCGAGGGUGUCUAUCAGAUCCUCCUCUUUGGACUCGUUGAUGGCUCUCUCGGAUGGACCAUCGGCCGCUGCUGCCCUGGGAUCUAUGAUCGCUUCUUCCCAGAUGAAGCUAAAUGCUAAGAGCACAAACCCAAUUUCUUCCCAGGAUCAUGAUGCUCUUGGUCGCCAGGGGCCUAAUUCGAGCCCUAAUUUAAUGAAGAGACGUGGUGGCACUGGCAGCAGUUCAGCAGCUAAUCAUGGUCCUGGAGCAUCUCAAGAACCUCAUUUUAUUUCAGAGAUGCCUCCAGUCAGUGUAGACACAUCUCAGGGAUCUUCUCCGCAGGGUAUUGCCGACCACGGUAAUAGCAAUUUGGGUCGGCAUAGGAGAGAUGAGUUCUUGCCGCAGCUGCAAAGCGGCAGCAAUAACCAGAGAAGCGGUUAUGGUGGCAACAAAAGGGGAAAUGCCCACCAUAGGCGCCACGGUAGCCGGCGCGAUCAGGAGCAGGGUGGCUAUGACUGGAGUGGUCCUCGAGGUUUUAGUGGUAGAGAUUCACACAUGUUGAUGCCACUGCCUCAACAGCGGGGACAGUCACAACCAUUCAUUCGAGCACCUCCACCGCCCACCACGGCACCUUUUGUUGGCAUGCCACCAUAUUUUCGGCCUUUCGUGAGCCCCUUGGGCUACCCUGAAUUUCAUUCUGCUCUUUAUUAUCUGCCGCCACCUCCACCUACUGACACACUUAGAAGCAUGCCUUUCAUUGCCCAUCAACUGCCCCAUAUGAAUCCCCCAGCAAUGUUUCUUCCUCCAGCAGAUCAUCAGCGCUUCAUGUUGGUCAAACAGAUAGAAUACUAUUUCAGUCCUGAUAAUCUUUGCAAGGACCUUUUCCUGCGAAGGAAUAUGGAUGAUCAAGGUUGGGUUCCUAUCUCCUUAAUUGCUAGCUUUAAUCGGGUCAAACAGUUGACAAGGGACAUGCCACAUAUAUUGGAUGCUGUACGAGGUUCAACAGUGGUAGAAGUGCAGGGUGAGAAAAUAAGGAAACGUGGUGAUUGGAUGAAAUGGAUGAUGCCACCAACCCCAAAUCAGUAUGAUCUUGCUUCUGGUUCCCAAUCUCCACUAACACCAGGCUAUGAUUCAGUCAUUGCUCACAUGCAUACUUUUGGACUAGACGAGGGUUCUUCCCAUCAUAGUAUGAGUUAAGACUUGUGGGAACCCCCCAAUAGUACUUGUCAGAUUCAUAAUGAGGUACUUUGAAGUAGAUCAGCACCUGGAAGUUUCAACAACUAGAUGCAGGAUUCUCUUACUGAAGAUGGAGACCGGUCAGUCGUCCCAAUCAGUCAGAACUAUGGAAAGAUUAGCCAGGAGAGACUCAUUGAAAUUCGAAUGCAUGAGUCAGAACCAGAGAAUGUGAAAAGGAUUGAUUGUUGAGAGCCAUUAGUUGAGGUCUUUGCCUUGGCUGCAAAUGGGCAUCAACCAAGAAAGAAGGGGGAAAAAAAUGACAGAAACGAAGAAAGAAUUUGAGAGAUUUAACUUCCAGUCAAUUAUCUCUAGGUUGAACUGCUACUACCAUAUAGUGGAAAGGAGGUUUCGGAUUGGCGGUACUCAUUGGCAUGGCUCCUUGGGAUGGGCUUUCUGAAUCCCCAGCCUUUUGCUGUCACAUACCACCGUUGUUGGGGGGUAAGAAAUGGAUUUUAAUCAGCGGCGCAUAGCGGUUCUCAUCUCCCCAGAGCUGAAUCUGCGGGCAUGGUUAUAGUUUCCAAUACUGUCAUGGUUACAUUACAUAUACCUAUUAUUCUUUAAUUGCAGCUGCAAAUAAUCGCCUCAAAUUAUUUGAUGGAUUGAAUAGAUAGAUUAUCCACAACACAGGCUGAGAUCUGUCGUAUAUCUUAUGCAUAUUACCGUUUGUGUAAUCAUCCAUGGAGUUGCAGAAUAUUUGUCUUCAAAGAUGAUUUGCUGGAAACGUGUGGAUUUGUUUUCGCUGAUGGAAGAGACCUGAGCAAGCCUAGCAGACAAACCGUCAUGGAAGAUCACACUCAUGAGACAGAUAUCAAACAUCCCGUAGUGAGUGCCAUCCUACGGCGACCUCAGAUUCCCUCUGUCUCCCCUGUCUUUCUUUGCCUUUGACGGUCCUCAUCUCCUUCCCGCUCUGUGGAUAAAGCAUGCCACGGCCCCACGCAGAGCUACGGACGUGUCAUACCCCACGUACUCCGGCUGCCCCCUCGGCCAACCCAAAAGAAGUUAACCAGGCCAUACUCAUUUUUAGAAUGCUGCUUCCCUGUCCGUGGCAGGCGAUGGCCGUAGCAAAAUCAUGAGGCUGGAGGCCGCAGGACGCCUUCUCCACGUGAUCCCCGGUACGUUAAUUGCCCUCGCAGGGCUCCACUUUGUGCAAGACGGAACAACAAACAAAAACAAGAAGAAGCCAGAAGCUUGCUUACUAUUACGCCUCUCUCUCUCUCUCUCUCUCUCUCUCUCUCUCUCUCUCUCUCUCUCUCUAUAUAUAUAUAUAUAUAUAUAUAUAUAUAUAUAUAUAUAUCAAAGCCAGUCUCUGUGUGUUGCCAUGAGUGGUGGAGUAGGCUCCUCUCCGAUGACCUCUUCCUCCUCGUCUAUGGCGCCGUCCCAGACCCCAGGGAAGGCGAUGGAGGAGGUGGAGGUGUGGAAGGACAUCAGCCUCAGCAGCCUCAACCAAGACAUGCCCUCCACGCCUCCCCUCUCGCUCCACUACCAUCACGACUCCAAUCCCACGUCCACCUCCACCUACGUCGCCGGCGUCACCCUGCAGGACUUCCUCUCCGGGGCCUUCAGGGUGGCGGAUCCGAUCCCUCCCACAUGCUGCGUUCGCCGCCCCGCCACCCUCAGCCUCGGGUCCGGCCAGUUCCUCGACUGCCUCAGCCCAAAUUCCAACUGCAGCAACAGCGACGGCUCCUUCUCCAGCUGCUCCGCUGGGUCCGCGAUGAUCAGGAACGGGGCCUUCGAGAACGGCGACGGCACCGUCGUCGACGGGCGGAAGAAGCGAAUGAUCAAGAACCGGGAGUCGGCUGCUCGGUCCAGAGCCAGGAAACAGGCUUAUACGAGCGAGCUGGAGAUGGCAGUAGAGCAUCUUUUGGAAGAGAACAGGAAGCUAAAGCUCAUGUACGAGGAGUUGCUUAAGCAGACGAUGGCGGCUCAGCCACCUGCCGCCAAGAAGCGGAAGCUCCAAAGAACCUCAACUGCUCCGUUUUGAGGAAAGAGGGGAGCCUAGGAGCUUCAACCUCAGCGGCUGCGGCAGAUGCAACCCUCUCUCGCUCUCUUCUUACAGGACAGUGAGUUGAGCUUGUCACAGGUUUUGCUUCUGCAAGGCAUGGCAAGCUCCUUGCAGAAGAACAAGACAGUCCUAAGCUGCUGCAUCUAAUCCUACAAAAUAAACAAGUCUCUCUCUCUCUCUCUCCCUCUCGGUGUACACAUAUGGACCUAUCUUCUCUCAUAUGGUCUUCUGCGACAUGGAUGCUUCGUGUUUGUUCUUUUGACAGCAGGUAGCGCUUGACGCUAGUUGAGUUUCUUGCAUUGGAUCAACUUGUCUACUUGUAGUA